AUAAUGAAAUUUUCACCAGAAAGUGUCGCAGCAUUUAUAGCAGUCCUUGGCAUUCUUUCCAUUAUUGCACAGACUAUUGUCUUGAGUUUACUUAUGAGGUCAAUUGGAAAUAAAAACACCAUUUUAUUGGGUCUGGGAUUUCAAAUAUUACAGCUGGCAUGGUAUGGCUUUGGCUCAGAACCUUGGAUGAUGUGGGCUGCUGGGGCAGUAGCGGCCAUGUCUAGCAUCACCUUCCCAGCUGUCAGUGCCCUCGUUUCACGAACUGCUGAUGCGGACCAACAGGGUGUUGUUCAAGGAAUGAUAACAGGAAUUCGAGGACUGUGCAAUGGUCUGGGACCAGCCCUCUAUGGAUUCAUUUUCUACAUAUUCCAUGUGGAGCUUAAAGAACUGCCAAUAACAGGAACAGACCUAGGGACAAACACAAGCCCUCAGCACCACUUUGAACAGAACUCCAUCAUCCCGGGUCCCCCCUUCCUCUUCGGAGCCUGUUCAGUACUGCUGGCUCUGCUCGUUGCCUUGUUUAUCCCAGAGCACACCAAUUUAAGUUUAAGGUCCAGCAGCUGGAGAAAGCACUGUGGCAGUCACAGUCAUCCUCAUUGUACUCAAGCUCCAGGAGAGGCCAAAGAACCGUUACUCCAGGACACAAACGUGUGACAACCGGAAUCAGGAAGCUGAUUCUCUCUGCACCAGGUCUGAGUUCUCACCUGUCGCUCUGGAUGUGCAUCCCAUCUCCAUCGCAGUGCACUUGAGACUGUCUUAAGAAAGACAUCUGCAUGAACUCUGGGGGAACUAGAGCAAGGAAGAACAGACAGUUUUCCAAAGAUGUUACAAUUUCUUUUGAAAAGAAACCUUUUGUUUAUUAGCAACAAUUUCUUGCCACUAAACUGUUUUAUUAUACAUCCUUUAAUUAAAAGCUAUAUAUGUAACUUCUUAGAUAUUAGCAUAUGUCUCUGCUACCGUUUCCUUAAAGUGUUGAGCUUCAACUGCUGACUCUCUGAGACCAACUAGGUAGUGUGGUUGUGGACCUGUUUUAACAUUGUAAAAUCCUGAGACAGAUUUUGAUAUUGUAAAAUCUUGGGUCAAAUAAUUCAAAGCCUUAAUGCAGAUGCACUAAAAUAAAGAAAUGGUAAAUGAAUUGUUUGCAUUAAAAACAAAACACUUAAGAAAAUUGUACUAAAAAUCUGAAUCAUGUUUCGAGCUUAUUUGCAGGAUAUUUUAUUUUAAACAUUAUUCACUGUUUUUGAAGUAAGAAAAUAGCCAUUUAGAAUUUAAAUUGGGGUGAUGAGAGCUUGUAAACCUAAACGGUGGCUCCUGUCUGUUCCCCAGCUGCUUCUCACGCCACUGUUCUUUUAAUGUUUGCAUAAUCACAAGCACUCAACACUUGAACACAUAAUCUAAAAUCAUACAGUAAAGUUGGUAGCCUUGAAAAUGUCAGUGUGACAUCUACAUGUAGAUGAAUAUAUAUAGUGGCCUUCCGGACUGUCACGGUAACACUUCAUUUACACAGCUAAUGUUUGUCCUCAAUUUUCAGGACCCCAGAAGAGAGCUUUAUACAAUUACUGAUGUGAAUUUCUCUAAAGUGUAUAUUUUUGUGUCCAGUUAUAUUAUUUAAAAAGUGUUACUUUGUAAAAAUGUACAUAGAGUAUUGUAUAGUUUCCAGUUUUCAUCUUGUGUGUGGUUAUUGCCUAAUGCUUUUUAAACUUGGAACAUUCACUAUGGUUAAAUAAGGUCUUAAAAAUGUAAAUAUUCUGUUAAUAAAAUUAAAUAUUUUAAUGAUUUUUUUCUUUUUAAAAAA